CACCUGCCUGCGGAGCUUUGUCAGUAUCGUCUCAACCCACUGAAGACAGCCAAGAUGAAAGUCACGGACAUGACGUUCAAGGAGGGGCAGGAGUUCAAGAUCCGCGUCAAACCCCAGGACGACUGCGUCUGCUUCUCCAUCAACAUCGGUCACGACUCCGAUAACAUCGCAAUGCACCUCAAUCCCCGUUUUGACUACGGCGGCGACACCAACACCAUCGUCUUCAACACCCUGUCCGGAGGCAGCUGGGGUGACGAGCUCCGCGAGGGAAACUUCCCCUUCUCACGUGGAGAGGAAUGCAAGUUUCACGUCAACUUCAACAAUGAGCAGUUUUACAUCAAGCUUCCCGACGGCUCCAUGAUCAACUUCCCCAACCGCCUGGGAGACGUCAAGUACAAGUACUUUGACGUCAGCGGCGAUGCGAGGAUCAUCGGCAUCAAGAUCAAGUAGAGAUCAGCCUCGUCUUGACCUCUGACUCCUGACCUGUCCUGUCCUCCACAUUCUGCUGGUUGAAAUAAUCUGUUUAACAUCACUGAGCCCAUUCAUGUUGUUGAGUCAUUUGGAAAUAUAUCGAAAUUUAGAGAGAUGAUGGAAAGAUGAUGUUGUAAUAAGAGGAAGUGGCCUGUAGACGGAGCCACAUCUUAAUGAACUGUGAAUGUCUGACCUCUCCUCAUUCUGUAGGUUUAUCUGUAAAAGCUGUGAAACAAGAAAAGCAUCUUCUUUGUCUCUGUCGCAGGACUUGUUUAAAUCUUUACUGACGAUUCACGUGUUCACUUUACUUUCACGAAGAGCUAAUAUUAUCUAAGGUAUUUUCAUUCAGAGCAGAGGUGUUGAGGGAAGAGGUAUUAAUGAUAUUUAAUAAAGCUUAAUCUAUCUUUUCAUCAAUAAAGGCACAUGUGCACAAAAAAUAUCCAUCCA